AAUAAAAGCAAUAUAUCAAAAUGGAUGAUAUUUAUUUAUUGGAGGUUCUAAAGAAUUGAUAAAGGUAUAUGAUAUUAGAAGGAGAAUUAAACUUGCUUGAUUAGAAUAAUAUAAUUGAAAAAUAGGUUAGAUGGCUAGUCAUUGAAAUUUUCUAUUUACUGCAUGAAAGGAUGGAGAAAUAAACAAAGAACUGUUUUAAAUAUAUUCAAAUGUGGAAAUCCUGUAAUAUGUAUUGCAAUUAAUGAAUCAAGAAAGAAUUUUGGACUGUGCAAAAAAGGAUAAGAAAUUGCAUCUCUAUAAUUUAAUGAAUUUAAAAAGGAUAAUAUUGAAUAAUUUUCAUUUUAGUUUAGAAAUUUAAAAAAAGAAGAUGAAAUCUAAUAUUUAUUAUUUUAAUCCGACAGAGAGUGUUAUAUAGUUGAUUGUUAUUCAAAUAAGGUUGCUCAUAGAAUUGAUUUUACAGUAUAACAGAUUUCUUUUUAAUUUAAGAGUCACUCAUUUUUAAAGGUAAUUGAAAUAUGAAUAUUUAAGAUGCAAAUGGAUUUAUUUAUAUGA